AUGUGGCGCAUCGGGCUGCUCUUCGGCUUGGCUGCUGCCGACUUGCCCAGGAAGGUCCUCCUUCCCAGCGAAGUCGUGGCCAAGACCAGCGCCAAAUGCCUGGAUUCCAGCCCUUCCGGAUUCUACAUCCGUGAGCAAGACCCAUCUAAGUGGGUGAUCUUCAUUGAUGGCGGUGGCCUGUGCAUCGAUGCCCUCGACUGCAGGCGCCGUGCCGCUACAAGCCAUGGCAGCUCGAAGCCCUGGCCCGAAACCUGGGAUCCCGAGGCGGUUCCUUUCUCGAGCGCUCCGUCCAGCGUCUUCCACGGCUUUAGUCAGGUUUUCGUGCCAUACUGCAGUGGAGACCUGUGGCUGGGCAUGGACCACAAACCCCGGCUGAUCGUGGGCGAUUUGCAGAUGAGCGGACAUCACAUUCUCGAGGCGGUUGUGGAGCACCUUGUCAACACCACUUCCCUGAGGCGCUCGUCACAGCUCGUCUUCGCGGGGCAAAGUGCAGGCGGCAUCGGUGUGCUUCACCACGCAGACUGGAUCUCCUCGAAGCUAUCAUCCCUAUCCGCUUCUCCGCGGGUUGUGGUGCUGUCUGCAGCUGGCAUGUUCUUUCCGUCGGGCUGGCCCGUGCUCUGGGACGAGUUCCGCCUGGGUGUGGAAUGGCCUGUCGACAACUUCAUGGCCAAGUGGUGCCAUCUUAUCGAAGGAAGCUUCCUCCACGAGGGCUGCCAGGCAGCCGCAAGAGCAGCUGGACGAGCUCCAAGCACGUGUGAGGACGUCUCGCGCAUCCUGCCUGAGCUGAAAGCAGAUGUCUUCCUGAUGCAGAAUCAGUUUGACCAGUACCAAGUACUUCACUUGGGCCUUUGUCCAGCCUCCACCUGCACUGCUGAAGUGUCGGCCACCUCCACUCCUGGACGUUACCUAGCGCUCCUGGGGCGAUUGACGAACGCAACGCUGGGUGCUGCGAUUCAGAACAACUCCCGUUUUGGCAUCUAUGCUCCAAGCAGGUUCGACCACACCGGCGACUUGUUGCAGGAUCUGGCUGGCACUGCUCGCAGCAUCUCAGGGGUGUCCUUCAAAGAUGCUUUUGGCCGAUGGCUGGCCGGGCUUCCCACCUAUGUGGUGGCCCCCAGUUGUUCUGGGCUUCCAUGUCCCAAGGAAGAGCAGGUGGGCGCGGCUUCGCUAGUCGUGUGA